AUGAUAAAGUUUGCUAUAAGUGGAUUCAAUGAGUUAACAAGGAAUACCCUAAAUCAAGUCAAUAGAUGUGAAAGUAAUCGACGAUUAGAUGGACAGAUAGUAGUGAUUACCGGCGGAAAUGCUGGUAUUGGCAAAGAAACAGCCUAUCAAUUGGCAUCACGUGGAGCUCAGGUAAUUAUCGGUUGUCGGAGCCUAGAGAAGGGCAAUGAAGCCAUCAAUGAUAUGAAGGCCACCAACGACUCAGUAGUCCUCAAAGUAGUGAAACUGGAUUUGGCGUCAAUGAAAUCCGUUAGACUGUUUGCCCAACAAGUGGAACAACUGGUCGACAAAAUAGAUGUACUCAUCAAUAAUGCCGGUGUUAUGAUGUGUCCCGAAUGGAAAACCGCUGAUGGAUUUGAAAUGCAAUUUGGUACUAAUCACCUGGGACAUUUUCUAUUAACAAUGCAUUUGUUGCCCCUAUUGAAAAAAUCGACUGGUGGAACCAAAGUGAUUAACGUUAGCUCUAUAGGCCAUAUGUUGGGUAAUAUCUAUUUUGAUAACAUUAAUCUGGUUAACGGUGCCUAUAAACCAUUCAAAGCUUACAAUCAGAGCAAAUUAGCAAACGUUAUGUUUACCAGUGAACUGGCCCGACGAUUGGGCAAAACUACUAGUGGCCAAUCAGUCAAAGCCUAUGCCGUACAUCCAGGCUUUGUGGACACACAAGUGUUGAGACAUAUUUCAAUGGGCGGACAGAUUGGCAGCAAAGUUGUCAAAAAAUUUUUGCUGAAACCAGAAAUGGGUUGUCAAACAAUAUUGUACUGUAUUUUAGAUGACAGUGUGGCCAAUGAAUCGGGAUAUUUCUAUGCGUGA